GACAAGGUUCCUCACUCUGAGGACAAGGUUCCUCACUCUGAGGAAAAGGUUCCUCACACUGAGGACAAGGCUCCUCACUCUGAGGACAAGCUUCCUCAGUCUGAGGACAAUGUUCUUCACUCUGAGGACAAGGUUCCUCUCUCUGAGGAAAACGUUCCUCACACUGAGGACAAGGCUCCUCACUCUGAGGACAAGGCUCCUCACUCUGAGGACAAGGUUCGUCACUCUGAGGAGAAGGUUCCUCACUCUGAGGACAAGUUUCCUCACUCUGAAAGCAGGAUCCUCACUCUGAGGACAAGGUUCAUCAUUCUCAGGACAAGAUUCUUCACACUGGACGAAAAAUUGGAUUUACUCAUAUUUACGCCAAGUAAAUGA